AUGCCUAUCUUAAAACAGCUAGUGUCGUCUUCCCAGGCAAAGCGCCGCUCUAAUAUGGACCUGACGGCAGAGAUGAUCAGUGCUCCUCUGGGGGACUUUCGCCAUACAAUGCACGUGGGCCGCAGCGGCGACGCGUUCGGGGACACGUCCUUCCUUAGUACGCGCUCGGGGGAGCCGUCCCCUGACACCACCUCCUUCCCCCGCUCCCCUCGGCCCGGCCUGCUGUCGCGCACGUUCAGGAGCAGCAAACGCUCCCAGUCGGUGACCCGGGUGGACCAGCAGAAGGACGGCGUGCUGGUCCCCGGAGAGUCCCCCGCCUUCGUGAAAAACGCCAUGUCCCUUCCCUUUCUGAACGAUGAGGACAGAGUGGACAGCGCGGUGGCCAAGAGUUUGUCCUCCAGCCCUUUCAAGCAACACGAGGAGCUGGACGGGAGAGGCGCGGCCGCCGCCACGCACUUCCUGGAGCUGGAGGAGCGAAACUUUGGGGAGCUGACCGAGCUGCCGGAGAGCCAGGUUCAUUACGGCGGCGGCAUGAAGCACGCGGAGUCGGUGAUGUCAUUCCACGUGGACCUGGGGCCCUCCAUGCUGAACGAUAUCCUGGGCGUGAUGGAAAAGGAGGACGACGAUCUCGGCUACGAGGAGGGCAAGAGCAGCGAGGGCCGCGCCUCGCCGCCCGUCAGCACCCACGGCGAGGAACACAACCACGUCGAAAGGAAAAAGGAUGAUGAGGACGGAAUCGAGCAGAUGCAGGCGGAGGAGGAAGAGCCAGCCGAGCUUCAUCGGCAGGUCUUCGCCCAUCCAGCCAGCUCUAACAGUCUGAGAACCGACGACGGAGGGCCGUACACCCCGGAAUACACCCCAGAAAUACGACCCAAACACUUCCAGCACCUCGACAGCUGCUCCGUGUCCAGCUCUGGCUCUGCUGCUCUGGAUGAGAAGCCAAGUCACCUGAAUUAUGCAAACGCCGGAGAUACAGAUAGCGCCACUUUCAGUGCACCUCCAGAAGAGGAGAGCAACUUCUCCUCUUUCUUGGAGGACGAAGAUGACGAAAUCCGUCUAUGA